AUGCCCGUUGUGCAGGCUCAUAAUUUCGCUUUCGGGAUCCCUGUUGCAGUUUAUCCUAACCAAGGUAUUUCUGCUGGGCAACGACUCAAGCUUAGAUGUAUUACAAUGUCUGAACUUUCCUUCCAAUUCUUGAUUAACCAGAGAGGCCUCCCAAAGAAAUUGCAAAGUUCAAAGCUGUCAUUUGCUACCACUAGUCACAUUGGAACUCCGAGCCGUCGUAACAAAUGA